CAAGGCUGGCCCGUUAACAGCCUAAAUUUGCGAAAUUUUCAGGAAAAUAUUUUUACGAAGUUUUGGAUCUUCGGACUCUUGUUCCGAGUCUCAAGCAAGAGAGAUGCAGCAGGGUGGUGGUUCAGAGACAGAGGUGACUUGGGAGGACCAGCAGAAUAUCAACAAAUUUGGGAGGCUUAACAAUAGGUUCCAUGAGCUAGAGGAUGAAAUCAAGGCUGCCAAAGAAUUAAAUGUAAGUUUGGAAGAUGUUAGUAAUGAAUUGAUCUUCACUGAUGAGGAGGUGAUUAGAUUUCAAAUAGGUGAGGUCUUCGCACACAUGCCACGUGAUGAAGCUGAGGCUAGGUUGGAGAAGAUGAAAGAAGAGGCCAGCAAAGAUCUGGAGAGGCUGGAAGAGGAGAAGGAGUCUGUUCUUGCGCAAAUGGCUGAGCUUAAGAGAAUUCUUUAUGGUAAGUUCAAGGAUUCAAUCAACUUGGAGGAAGAUUGAUUGAAGGCAUUACUUAGCUCAGUCUAGUUUACUCUUUUAAAGUCCUGCUGUGUCUUGUGCAACUAUAUUCAGAUGCUCUGUGAGUUUAAAACUGAAAAUAUUUCAACAUUACUUUGUGAUUAAGAAUGAAGUUGCAUGACUUGGUAGUGCAUGCAAUCUUGUUGUGACUUUUCUCAUGAACAAUUUUGGUGCUUAGUUGA